GACAGGCAUUGUACCAGACUGGGGAGACAGCAUAGAAGUUAAGAAUGAAGAUCAGAUUCAAGGGCUUCGUCGGGCUUGUCAGCUGGCCCGACAUGUCCUCCUCCUAGCUGGAAAGAGUUUAAAGGUUGGCAUGACAACUGAAGAGAUAGAUUCUCUUGUUCACCAGGAAAUAAUCACACAUAAUGCCUAUCCCUCACCUCUAGGCUAUGGAGGUUUUCCAAAAUCUGUUUGUACCUCUGUAAACAACGUGCUAUGUCAUGGUAUUCCUGACAGUCGACCUCUUCAGGAUGGAGAUAUUAUCAACAUUGAUGUCACGGUGUAUUACAAUGGCUACCACGGAGACACUUCUGAAACAUUCUUGGUGGGCAAUGUGGAUAAAUAUGGUAAAAAGUUAGUGGAGGUUGCCAGGAGAUGUAGAGAUGAAGCAAUUGCAGCUUGCAGAGCAGGGGCUCCCUUCUCUGUAAUUGGAAACACAAUCAGCCGCAUAACAUAUCAGAAUGGCUUGCAAGUUUGUCCUCAUUUCGUUGGGCACGGAAUUGGAUCCUAUUUCCAUGGACACCCGGAAAUUUGGCAUCAUGCGAAUGACAGUGAUUUGCUAAUGGAAGAAGGGAUGGCGUUCACCAUAGAGCCAAUCAUCACGGAGGGAUCUUCGGGGUUUAAAGUUCUGGAGGAUAAAUGGACAGCAGUCUCAACAGACAAUAAAAGAUCAGCCCAGUUUGAACAUACCAUCGUCAUUACAUCAGAAGGAGCAGAGAUCCUGACAAAACUGUUAGAAGAAGCUUAAAAGGUGAACCUGGGGGUUCGUGAACGACGGGAAGAGGCUCUAACCUCUCGCCCCCGCCGCCCCCCCCCCCCGCCACUGCAAGCUCGUUGUGGGCAGGGAUUAGCACUUUUUAU